AUGACAGCUUUCGCUGCGUGUCACGUACGUGGAGGCCGCAAUGUUGUCCAGUACAACGGCUACGGCCAUGUGAACACUAACAUCUUCUACGCCGAGAGUUUUUGCAUGCUCUACCGCUCAUGCAACAACAUCAAGUACACUGUGGAAUUCAACCACGUGAAGUCUUGUGAACGCGAACGCCAACAACGGCGACAUGCCCACCUUUACCAACGACGUUCGCGUACGCACCAGCAAAACCCCAACACGGUACGUCGUCCACGAACGACAUACAUUGUAGUCAACGAUCGAGACGGUAGCAGCUGA